AACAUCAAGUCGAAUAUUCUUUAGCAAGUACCUUGCAAGCAUCACAGAAGCGUGGAGAGGAAGAACAGAAUUUAGAAUUAUUAUGGACUUUAGAAUUGGUUUAGUGCUGCUAUUUGUGGCUAUAGUUCAAUGUACUAUCCAUUAUAAAGAAACUUUUGACGAUGAUUCUUGGGAGAAAAGAUGGGUUUAUUCCACUGAUAAAGGAGCUGAUUCGGCAAAAUUCAAGUUAACUGCUGGUAAAUUUUAUGGAGACGAAAAGAGAGACCAGGGUAUUCAAACAUCACAAGAUGCAAAAUUUUAUCAAAUUUCAUCAAAAAUUGAAACUCCUUUCUCAAAUGAAGGAAAACCACUUGUAAUCCAGUACCAAGUUAAACAUGAACAAAAUAUUGAUUGUGGUGGUGGUUACAUAAAACUUUUCCCUUCCAAUAUUAAUCAAGAAAAAAUGAAUGGGGAUUCCCCAUACAACGUCAUGUUUGGCCCAGAUAUUUGCGGUCCAGGAACCAAAAAAGUUCAUGUCAUCUUUAACUACAAGGGAAAGAAUCUUCUAACAAAAAAAGACAUCAGAUGUAAGGAUGAUGAGAUGAACCAUUUAUACACAUUAAUUUUAAAUCCUGAUAACACAUAUGAGGUACGCAUUGAUGGUUCAAAGGUAGAGUCUGGCUCGUUAGAAGCUGAUUGGGACUUUUUAGAGCCGAAAAAAAUUAAAGAUCCAGAAGCUAAGAAACCUGACGACUGGGUAGAUAAUGCAAAAAUGGAUGAUCCAGAAGAUAAAAAACCAGAAGAUUACGACAAACCAGAAUUGAUCCCUGACCCAGAUGCAAAGAAACCUGAAGACUGGGAUGAUGAGGAAGACGGUGAAUGGGAACCACCAAUGAUCAACAACCCCGAAUAUAAGGGUGAAUGGAAGCCAAAACAAAUUGACAAUCCUGCAUACAAAGGAGAAUGGGUCCACCCAGAAAUUGAUAACCCAGCUUAUGUAGCAGACAAGGACCUAUACAAAUAUCCAGACAAUGCUUUCGUUGGAUUUGAGUUAUGGCAGGUCAAAUCUGGUACCAUCUUUGAUAACAUCAUUGUGACCGACGAUGUUGCAGAGGCGGAAGCAUUUGCUAAGGAAACAUUUGAAAAAACGAAAGAAGAGGAAAAAGCAAUGAAAGAAAAAUUAGAUGAAGAAGAAAGGAAGAAACAAGAAGAAGAGGAUGCUAAACGUAAGAAGGAAGAGGAAGAAAAAGAAAAGAAAGAGGAUGAUAAAGAUGAUGAGGAGGAAGAAGAGGAGGAAGAAGAAGAACCUAGUGAAGACAAAAAGACCGAAGAUUCAACAGAAGAAAAAGAAGUGAAAGACGAACUAUAAUAAGCAAAUAGUUAUAGGAUGAAUUUUUACAAUUUUUAGAACAUAGUUUUACGAAAUAUCUUAAAUCAAGACGCAUCAGAUAACUUAUUUGAAUCACGUUUUAGUUUCGUCGUCGUAGUAGUUUUGUCGUCUUUGUCACCUGUGUAUGUUUCAAUGUGCUUGUAUUUAUAAAAUAAUUCCGUUCUGUACACCUUUUCACAAAGAAAAACAAAAUAGACCAAACAA